AGAUUGCUCUUCUGUCUAUAUAACGAAUAUAGCCGGCGCCAGUGGUGUUUUGCAACAAAUCUGACUUCACCGACAGCAUGGGUUUGAUGCGUUUCAUUUUCAAACAAAUAGUUUUCAUACUUUUGUAUGGUAUAUUUCGUCAGGAAGUGUCGUCUGUUAUCACUGAAGAGCAGACGAGAUCUAUUGAAGCUUUUGUAUCGGAGUACAUGGCAUGCAAGGGCGUGUCUGGCCUAGGUAUUGGGAUCGUCAAGGAGGAUGCGGUGGUUGCGAGAGGAUUCGGAGUAGAGGAUGUUGACAAGCAGAGGAACGUUACAGCAGAUGGAACUCUGUUUGCCAUUGGUUCUACGACGAAGGGAUUCACGGCAGUAGUCUUGGCUAUUGCCAUGGAGGAAACGCAAGGAAGGUUGACGUGGGACUCAAAAGUCGCUGAUGUUUUGGGCGAAGACUUUCGGUUUAUAGAUGAAGAGAGAACCAAACUGACAACUAUAAAGGACUUGCUAGCUCACCGAACUGGUCUGAUGGGCCCCGGCGUGGCUUUGUUCUACAAGUACGACAGCACCUAUACUCGCGCUGAUCUAGCAAGGGAUAUUCGCUAUCUGGAAGAGAAGGUGGGUUUUAGGGAUCGCUGGGUGUACAACAACUUCAUUGUGACCUUAGCUGGUCACGUGGCCGAGGUCAUCACAGAGAAAACAUGGGAAGAACUUCUCCAGCUGACUAUCUUUGACCCUUUAAACAUGACCAGCUCGGGGGUGCUCGGGACGCCCAUCCUCGAGUCACCAGGACGGUUUACACCCGGGUACUACAAGAAGGUUGGGAGCGUCUUGCAGACUCCUCGCCAUGCGUACAGCAUCCACCCUCUGGAGCCUGCAGGAGGUAUUGUAGCUACGGUCGAUGACAUGGUGAAAUGGUUACAAUUCCUCACAGCUGACGGCAGGACUGAGGAAGGGAGACAACUGCUGUCAGCGCCAAUGAUGAAGUCCAUGUUUGAUGUGCACAUGUUUGUCCCUGGUGACGACAACCUUGUCAGCAUGCCUACGUUCCCAGUAGCACAUCUACAUCGAGGCUAUGGACUGUCUUGGGACAUAGGAAACUAUAGAGGUUUCCAGUUUCUGUGGCACGCUGGUCUUAUUGGCGCCCACGUCUCGAUGGUAGCUGUGUUGCCGCAAUUCAAACUUGCCCUCUUCAUCUCUAGCAACACGAUGACCGAUCUCCAGCCGAUAGUGUACUACGUGGUGGACCUACUGUCUGGGCUACCCCAGUGGCUCAACUCAACAUCCGCGUGUUCUUUUCCAUCACCAUGGAAACAGGACUUACACAAAUCGAACGAGUCAGGUUCUGAGACAGAUGGGCACAAAAAAACAGGCACCCCUACCGACACCGAAAUCAGAAUGGAGUCGUACAUAGGAAGCUACGGGCACAGAGUUUUCGGCGAGUUACAAGUUAGCCUCAAUAGGUCCAUACAAAAGCUAUAUUUAUGUUAUGGGGCGUUACAAGGGCCACUCGUGAUUGAGGACACAAAUAAACAUGUAUUUCAGCUUAAUGGAGUUCCAAACUACGUCAGAUUCAGAACAAUGGUGCAAGGGAAAUUUCAGAAUUUUGUGUUCCUCGAUGAGAGUUUGUUUUACACAAGAGGAGUGCGCCUUUCCGAUCCGGUCAGCGGCAGUGUGCGUUGUUCUUAUCACUGCCUCGUUCUGACAGUGCUGGCGAUUUACUGGAUGACAGGUGUACAUGAUAAAUAUGUGUAUUGGACGCAAUGAUGCCAAAAGCACGACCAGGUUAAGGGUUGUGCAGACUUCUUUUGUAAACAGAAAAAAGUAUAUGUUUCAAUGAUAAAGUAUUGCACUUGCAUCUUGACAUGUCGCCGCUGGGUUGGGGUAAACAAUUUUCUCUCCCUGUUCUUGUUUUGAUGAGCUGAUCGCGUGAGCCGCAUCUUAAUCGAGUGAGAGCUAGUCGGAACUCAACACCAUUGUCUCUUUAUCUGUUGGUUAUGGACCGGACUAUAGACAGACAGAAGUAAAACAAAAACACGUCGAUAGUUAGAGCAUCUUAAUUGCUUAUUACAUAUAGGCUGUCUCGUUGGCCCUCGUUUACAAGUAGGGGCGGUCGGUUAGCCUGGUGGUUAAAGCGUUCGCUCGUCACGCCGAAGACCCGGGUUCGAUUCCCGACAUGGGUACAAUGUGUGAAGCCCAUUUCUGGUGUCCACCGCCGUGAUAUUGGUGGGAUAUUGCUAAAAACGGCGUAAAACCAUACUCACUCACUCAAUCGUUUACAAGUACAUCUGUUUAAGCAUGAAGGCACACUACAUUUAGGCCACACAUAACAUAUGAUAAGCGAUAGAAAUUGGCACUCGUCCUAUAGUCCUUGCCAUACUGCCCAAUGGUUAAUGUAGUAGCAGACAUUUGCCAUUUGUUAUGGAUUUGUUAUAUGAUAUCAUUAUAAGGAUCAGUGGAUUAAACAUGUUAGUUCAUUA